GAGAAGAACAAAAGAAUCAACAAUGAGUAUUCCAUUUCCAUCAUCGAUUGAUUUGAGUUCAAAAGAUGAAACGAUUAUAACAGUUCAACAACUGAAAAUGCAAUUUCUCGGCACCAGAAAAGGGGAUCUGGACACCAUAGAAUCCUAUGUGAAAAAUUUGAAAUCAAUAGCCGAUUCUCUAUCCGCUAACGACAAUCCUUUAUCAGAUUCAGAUUUGGUACUGCAACUUCUCGCCGGUUUGCCGUCAUCUCAAUACUCGCCUUACCAGAACAGAAUCUCAUCGCAGUUCCCUCUACCUGAUUUUUCAGGUGCUUGUUCUUUGCUUUACAAGUACGAAUCGUUAUUGCAAGAGCAAAAUGUAAAUCAUACUUCGGAAGAUGAAAAUUAUAGUAUUAAAGAAAUGUUUGAUAAGAUUGUUGGUGUGUUUUAUACGGUAAGUAGUGUGGUUGCAGCAGCAACGGAUGUAUGGAGUAUGUUUGGAAGAACAUCUACAAUGGCAAGUACUACAGGAAACAGAAAAAAUACAAAAAGACGUAAUCGAGGAAGGGGGAGGAGGUAGAAAUUUGUUUCGAGUUUUCGAAUCUAAGAAGAAAUUAGAAGAUGUAAUCAAUCAUGUCUUGUUUUGCUCUGUU